UCACACACAUACACAGCUCUGCUGAGCACAGUACAUCACACACACAGCUCUGCUGAGCACAGUACAUCACACACAUGCACAGCUCAUCACACACAUACACAGCACGUCACACACAUAUAUACACCUCCCUCCUCUAAUCUAUAAGCCUCUCUUCCUUCUCUCAGGUGCUGACACUUCCGGGAACCACAGAGCCUGACUCCUCCCCCAACACGUGACCGGUCACAUGGCCAUGACGUCAUCAUCAAAGGUCCUGUAACCCGGUACUAUCUAUCAUCUGCCAUGUCUGCGGCUCCUGUAGUGCAGUCAGCCCCGGGGCUGUGUGCGCUGUCUGUCCUCUGCUGCCUGACCCUGGCCUGCUCCUAUGUGGGCAGCCUGUAUGUGUGGAAGAGUGAGCUGUCCAGGGACCACCCUGCAGUCAUCAAGAGGAGGUUCACCAGCGUCCUCAUCGUGUCCUCCUUGUCACCGUUAUUUCUCUGGCUAUGGAAGGAGUUGACUGGCAUCAAGACAGAUGCCGCUAUACUCUCUCUUAUGGGUUUCCGUCUAGAUGGGAUCUUCACAGCAACCCUAUUACCACUGCUGCUCACUAUGAUUUUGUUCCUUGGCCCUCUCGUCCAACUCUCUCUGGAUUGCCCGUGGAGUCUUUUUGAUGGCUUAAAAGUUGCUAUCGAUCCUCGUUUUUGGGUGCUCUGUUUGACUGACAUGCGAUGGCUUCGUAACCAGGUGAUCGCCCCUCUUACAGAGGAAUUGGUCUUUAGAGCCUGCAUGCUGCCUAUGUUGGUACCGUGUACUAGUCCGGGGACAGCUAUUUUUACAUGUCCGCUGUUUUUUGGCAUUGCUCAUUUUCAUCAUGUCAUUGAACAGCUGAGGUUUCGGCAGGGAACUGUUCUGAGCAUAUUUCUGUCUGCUGGUUUAGUCUUGGUUUUUGGCCUCACAGAGGUGACUGCUCUCGGGGCCUCUAGCAAAGAUAAACCAAAGUUUUGUAGCAGCUCUAGUCUCAAAGAUUGUAAGUCCAUCAAGGAUUUGCCCUACAGUUCUAGAUUAUGGAGAGCAGCUCCUUCUAGGGAUUAG